GAUUCCUGCUCUUUUUUUGUUUUCAUUUACAUUUUAUUUUUUACCAAAUCGCCCUUUAUUCAUUAUACUCCAAGAAGAAUGCAUUCGGUCAGAGCUCUCACCCGGUCUUCACGGCUCCACAUUACUCGCAGCAGCAGCAGCAGCACCAUGCAGACUCGCUCAGCACAGCCGUCGCGGCUGGCAAUGACAAUGGCGAUGGCAAUCAGACAGCAGAGCACGCAAGCCGUACUUCCCAAGAACCUGCAGCCAGGCCCAGCCUACUUGGAAAACAAAAUUGUCAGCACGACCCUGGGCGACCUUGAUCUUACGUCGCCGCCAGCCAACGUGCGCGCCGAACUCUGGGCGCUCUUCGUCACCACGCUGCCACGCCUCGCGCCCAAAAGCACUAAGGUGCCCAAGAAGAGCGUGCUGCACUGGAUUCUGCUUAACGCUCAGACGCGGGAGGAACUGGACAUGGCUUUGAAGCUGACGGUGGAGUGGCGAAUGACCAUGCAUCCGAUCACCCAGGCGACCACGCAGAUCUGGGCCGAGGCUUGCAUCAGACUCGAGUAUCCGGAGAUCUUUGUCAAUAUGCUUAUGGACAGGUGGAAGUACCGCCAGCUGCCGAUCUCCUACAACAUGGCCAAGUUUAUUAAGUUCCUUGGUACGCAGUCGGCUGCCGAGGCUGAUGUGGCCAGGUCCGAGCAGCUGCUCGACGAUGCGUUCCGUAUCUUUGCCCUGUACCCGUACUACGGCCUGAAGCACGAUGCGGCCGCGUAUGGUGCCCUGGUUGAAGCCUGCUGUGAGGUUAACUCGGAGGAGGCUUGGAGGCGUGCACUGGUGGCUAGCGAGGAGACCUUGGCGAGCGAGACCCCGGCUAUUACGCUAGAGGCGCUCAAGGCUCUGGAGAUCCACUCGGCUGAGCGUCGCGAGCCGGAGAUGGCCGAGCGGUACAGGAGCUUGGCUGCCAGGCUUGAUCUGAAACCCGCCGCAAAGAAGGAUGUGUCGUUUGACCAGAACGGAAACCUCAUUGCUUGAAGCGCAAGGGGAGGAGUUUUUGUUGAUUUUUUAUCGUUAUCUGCCCCGUGUUUUGGUUGCCUCAAAAUUAAAUAUAUAAAUGUCUGU